CUACUACAAAAUUAACGCACCAAGAAGAAAAACAGAGAGUGAAUGCUUUCUUCGAACGCGCUCUCUCUACUAAUCUUCUUCGUCGCCGUCGUCGCCGUCGUCGUCGUCGUCUUCUCGUCGACUGUCACUGCUGAAUCUACUGUGAGUUGAAGCUCUUUGGCUGUACGUACAACUCAUUUGUGAGCAAUGAUUAGGGAUCUGAUACUCUGAUACCACCGUUUUCCUGGAGUCGUGGUGCUCCGAGUUUCUGAUCGAUCCUCUUCGUACUGCUGAAUCUGAUUUUCAGCUGCGUCUCUGUGUUGGUCAACUUCGACGGUAUAAAGAUGGUGCCUUUACCUCUAUGAGUUUUUAUUUUUCAUGUGUGGUCCUGGCUGGGGUUUGAGCUAGGGAUGGAUUUUUGAAGUGGUUAAAAAGGAUGGUUACUUUGUAGUCUGGAACCAGAUCUUUGUUUGUUAGUGGGAUAGUUAUGCCUUCUUGGUGGGGGAAGUCUUCGUCUAAAGAUGAAAAGAAGAAAGCAAACAAGGAGAGUUUUAUUGAUACGUUGCAUCGGAAAUUUAGAAUAAUAUCUGAGGAUAGGUCCAGUGGUCGGUCAAGAGGGUCACGUAGACGUUGUGACGACAUUGUUCCCGGAAGAGGAGCUCUUUCUCGAGUGCCAUCAAGAUCUCCAUCUCCUUCAACUGAAGUAUCACGUUGUCAGAGCUUUGCAGAAAGGUCUCAUGCCUUACCUCUUCCACUUCCUACUGUGCAUCCUCCUAUUGUGAGUCGCACUGAUUCGGGAAUUAAUGCAUCAAAAGGACCGGGAUUGAAUAGAAGUUCUAAGCCUUCAUUUGUACCACUUCCAAAGCCCCAAAGUGCUGCAAGCAGGAUCGAUUAUACAGGUACUGAGGCUGACUUGGCGACUGCUUCUGUAUCAAGUGGAAGUUCUGUGGGUGACAACCCAUCCGACUCACUUCCCAGUCCCUUGGCUUCUGAUUGUGAAAAUGGGAACAGGGCUGCUGUUGGCAACUCUUCGAGGGACCAAUCCCCUCAUGGUCACAAAUACUCAGCUGAGCUUCUCAUGCCAGUUCCUGUUUUAAGUAAUAAAACUCAGAUUCUGUCGACAUCUCCUAAACGGAGACCUCUUGGCAGCCAUGUGCAGAAUCUACAAAUUCCUCGAAGAGAUAUUCUCUGCAGUGCUCCAGACAGCUUGUUGUCUAGUCCUUCUAGGAGUCCGAUGCGAUCAUGUGUUCCGGAUCAAGUCUCAAACCAUGGAUUGUUAUUUGGAAAACCAUAUUCAGAUGUUUCCUUGCUUGGGUCUGGGCAAUGCUCAAGCCCAGGUUCAGGUUACAACUCUGGUAAUAAUUCCAUUGGUGGAGAUAUGUCUGGUCAGCUGUUUUGGCUUCAGAGCAGGUGCAGUCCUGAAUGUUCCCCUGUUCCUAGUCCAAGAAUGACAAGCCCUGGUCCUAGUUCCAGAAUACACAGUGGAACCGUUACCCCACUUCAUCCACGAGCUGGAGGAUCAACCACUGGGUCUCCAACUAGACGGCUCGAUGAUAGCAAACAGCAAAGUCAUCGCCUCCCUCUCCCGCCGUUAACAAUUUCAAAUACUUGCCCAUUUUCUCCCACCUAUUCAGCAGCCACCUCUCCGUCAGUCCCCCGAAGUCCUGCAAGGGCGGAGGCUAUAGUGAGCCCUGGAUCACGGUGGAAGAAAGGGCGUUUACUUGGGCGGGGCAGUUUUGGACAUGUGUAUCUUGGUUUCAACAGUGAAAGUGGUGAGAUGUGUGCCAUGAAAGAAGUUACCCUAUGUCCGGAUGAUCCAAAGUCGAAGGAGUGCGCUCAGCAGCUGGGGCAAGAGAUUGCACUUCUAAGCCGGUUAAGACAUCCUAAUAUAGUACAGUACUAUGGCUCUGAAACUGUAGAUGACAAGCUGUAUAUAUAUCUGGAGUUUGUCUCUGGUGGUUCAAUCUAUAAGCUUCUUCAAGAAUAUGGACAGUUCGGGGGGAAUGCAAUUCGUAACUACACACACCAAAUUUUGUCAGGGCUUGCCUAUUUGCAUGGGAAAAAAACUGUGCAUAGAGACAUCAAAGGAGCAAAUAUAUUGGUGGAUCCCCAUGGACGGGUGAAGUUGGCAGAUUUUGGAAUGGCAAAACAUAUUACUGCUCAGUCUGGUCCUUUAUCAUUCAAGGGGAGCCCUUAUUGGAUGGCACCCGAGGUUAUAAAGAACUCAAGUGGCAGUAACCUUGCACGCGACAUAUGGAGUCUUGGAUGUACAGUUCUGGAAAUGGCUACAACAAAACCACCAUGGAGCCAGUAUGAAGGGGUUCCGGCAAUGUUCAAGAUUGGGAAUAGCAAGGAACUUCCAGAGAUCCCGGAUCAUUUGUCGGAGGAGGGAAAGGACUUUGUGAGACAAUGCCUACAGAGGAAUCCUGCAAAUCGUCCUUCGGCUGCCGAACUUUUAGAGCACCCAUUUGUAAGAAACGCCGGGCAGCCGCUAGAAAGGCCUAUCACGAGCGCUGAGCCCGCAGAAACCACCAUGCCUAUGGCAUCAAAUGCUACGAGAUCAGAGGAUAUGGCAACUGCAAGAAGUCUUCCAUGCCUGCUGGACUCAGAAGAUGCAACCAAUCUUCAACCCAAAAGUUUAAAACCCGGCUCAGUGUUUAGUGCAUCCCAUUCGCCAAGGAACUCGUCAUGUCCGAUUUCACCAAUCGAGAGUCUGAUCCUUCACGCACGUUCUCCACAGCACAUAAGCGGGAGAAGGUCGCCGUCCCCAAUAUCAAGCCCACAUUGUGUCUCUGGUUCAUCAACACCUCUAACCGGAGGUGGCAAUGGGGCCAUCCCGUUCCAUCACCAAAGACAGAUAGUAACUAACUAUGUGCAUGAAGGCAUAGGAUCCAGCAGAAGCCCUGGGAACAACUGCUUCUACGGAAACAGCAACAUGUUCCAAGACCUAAGGCACGAUAAUAUCUCCCGGGGUAAUACCAGGACGCAGCCUCAUGUUUUCUGGGAGAACAAUGGUUCCAUCCAACCGAGCUACGAGUGGAAUAAUCUCAAGGACAGUCAGCCUGUCCUGUCGGAUCAUGUGUCCCAACAGCUCCUAAGUGAGCAUCUGAAACUGAAAACACUUGACCUGAGAUCUGGUUUCUUGAUUCCUGGUCCCACCAAUGGAGGAACGUAGCUUGGUGGCCCCUCUGUUUCAGUAGCUUUUGGAGUUACAGCCAUAGUUAGGUUGUUAGGAACCAACCAACCCUUCAUCAGGACCAGGCUUCUUUUGCAGAGUAGUAGUACCAAUAGCCUGAAGAUAGGGUCGGGAUCAAAAUUCGCAAGACUGGUUUUUGGAAUUCAGAAGAGCUCUUCUUUGGUGAGGAACGUUCAUUCAUGCAAAAAGGGAAGAAAUGUACAUUUUGUAUUCCCUUUUGGAACCAGGAAAAUGGGAGACAGACUGAAGAGAAAUGUACAUCUGUGUACAGAAGCUUCGGGAUGAAGUGAAGGGCUCUGAAGUAGUCAUUUGUAUCUCUUUGGUAAUGAGAAAAGGUGGGAAAUAUAUGAGCAAAAGCUCGAACCAAAGGAUCAAAUCCCAUGUACCGUUAUUUGAAAUUUGAAAAAUAAAUUAAUUUGGUCAUUCACUU